GAUAAAGCUUGCUGCUUGACAUCAGUAUACUGGAUUAGCGACUAAAACAGCUCAGUUAUUACUUGGAUACGUUUAGAGCAAUCCUUUUCACUUCUCAACGCGAAAGCAGCAACCUAAAGUUCUGUACUUGGUUGCCAAUGGCAGCCACAGACGCUGGUCGAGCCCAGACGGGCUUCUAUUGUAGCACGUCAGGCACCUACUUCGCAGAUUUACAAAGCCUAUCCGAACACUACAAGUCUGAUUUCCAUAGGUACAACCUCAAACGAAAAGUCGCCGGGCUACCUCCAGUCACAAAAGAAUGGUUUGAGGCACGGAAGGCACAGCUGAGUAGCGCGGCCGCCGGGGCAUCCGCCGCCGCGCCCGUUCAGCGGAUUUGGAUUGACCCAUUGACCAAGAAGAAAUUCAACACGGAGAAUACGUACCAGGCCUUCGUGCGGUCAAAGAAGUACCUCGACUUGGUGCGGAAAAGUGGACAACCCGCGCCCGAGGCUGUUAUCGUCACGCGACAGGCAACACAGGAGGCUGUGCAAGAUGCAAACGCCGCCGCUGCUUCCACCGCUGCCGCCUCCAACGGCGCUGCACCUGCGACCAACGCUGCUCCCAAGCCGUCUGGCUUCCGCAUCGUGGCCCCCUCCGGCGGCCUGCCGCAGCAGCGACAGCAAGACGCUGCUGGCGACACGACCAUGGCGGAUGGGGGAGCAGACGAGGAGGAGGAGGAGGACGGUGACAGCAGCGGCUGGGAGACGGCCUCGGAUGAGGAGGAGCUGGCGGAGCUGGCAGCGGCAGCGGAGGCGGGAGGGGAGGGAGCGGCGGCAGCUGAUGCAGAUGGGCAGGAGUGGCCCGAGUGGGACGUAUGCCGCAGCCUGUUUGACAACCACGUCAGCGCCUCCCUGCAGGCCAACCUGGAGUACAUGUUCAAGCGGUUCGGCUUCUACCUGCCGGACAGCCAGUACCUGCGGGACCCCGAGGGGCUGCUCAAGUACCUGGGCGCCAAGCUGCAGGUGGGCCGUGUGCCCCUCUACACCCGAGGUGACGACGCGGCGGGUCGGCAGUUCCGCAGCUUGCAUGCCGUACAGCGGCACAUGGUGGACACCUGCCAGUGCAGGAUGGCGUACGACGACAACGAAGAUGAGUACGACGAGUUUUACGACUACGACAUGGGAGAGGAGUCUGACGACGACGAGGGCGCGGGCGCAGUGGUGCUGGCAGGCACGGUGCCCGGCACCUCCUCCUCCGCCAUCGCGGGCUACGAGCUGGUGGUGGGGGCGGGCGGCGAGGACGGCAGCGGCGGCGGCGGCAAGGUGCUGGGGCACCGGGAGUUCGCGCGGCUGUACCGGCAGCGGCACCGGCCGGAAGAUGAGCGGCGCUCGGUGCUGGUCAACACAAUGCUGGCCAGAUACCGCGCGCUGGGCGCCCCCACCAGCACCGACAGCGUGCGGGAGCGGAAGGUGAAGCAGGAGGCCACUGCCUCGAGGCGGCACCAGCAGGCCAGCCAACUCAAGAUGAGCAUGAUAAAGAACGUGCUCAAGAAGCUGCCCAAGAACUGCGAGUAUUGAGGGGAAGGAGGAGGAGGAG